AUGACUUUCUGCUCCAACAGUUUUCAGGUGCAGAAAGUGAACAGUGCGAGUGACACUAUUGUAAAGAUGGAGUUUAUUAAAGAGGAGAGUGAAGACACGAGUGAUGCAGAAACAUGCAGAAUGAAUGAUGAAGAAACUGAGGAACAGAGAGACAUGAUGGAAGUGAAAGUGGAGUGUGAAGAACUGAAUGUAGUGGAGGAGGAUCAUCAGUAUCAGAGACCUCAGAAGGUCAUAACAGGAGAAAACCCGUCACAAUCCGAAAGCAAUUUCUCUCAGAAAAGAACAGGAGCCAAAAAAGCACCAUUCAUCUGCCCUCAGUGUGGGAAGUGUUUCACACUCAAAUGCGGCAGCAGCUUCUUCAAAAACGCAGAUCUGAAGAGACACCUGCAAACACACACCGGAGAGAAGCUGUUCAGCUGCCCUCACUGCGGGAAGAGCUUCACACGCAAAGAGAGCCUGGAGAAUCACAUCCGGAUCCACACCGGAGAGAAGCCUUUCACCUGCCUGCUGUGCGCCAAGAGCUUCAUACGCAAAGGACACUUUAAGAACCACAUGCGCAUUCAUUCCAGAGAGCGUCCGUUCACGUGUCACGAGUGUGGGAAGAGCUUCACGCAGGCCACCAUCCUCAAAAACCACCAGCACUCGCACUCGGGAGAGAGACCGUUCAGCUGCGGCCAGUGCGGUAAAAGCUUCAUCUCAGCGAAGCACCUGAAGAUCCACCAGAAAAUUCACCAGAAGCUUUUCUUGUGCUCUUUCUGUGGAAAGAUGUUCUCGCAGCUGGGCUACCUGAAAGAGCACCAGAAAAUACACAGCGGCGAGAAAGCUCACAUGUGCUCGGUGUGCGGGAACAGCUUCUCUAGAGCCAAAUAUCUGAAAGAGCAUCAGAAGGUCCAUAUGGGAGAGAAACCCUACAAGUGCUCACAUUGUGGCAAGAGCUUCAGUCAGUCGGGGAACCUAAAAAUACACGAGAGUUCACACCGGAGAGAAGCCGCACCGCUGCCCGCCAUGUGGAAGGAGUUUCGUCACAUCCAGCGCUCUGCUGUCUCAUCGAAGGAAAUGUUCGCCAAAAGUUGUCGUAGUGAGCAAGAGUCAAUAGUGUGA